AGAAUUUUUGGUGGGGCCUGGGACGUCGUGGCGGCGUCCCGACGCUUUCCUAUCAAGACAGUAACAGCCUCUGAUCGCCUUCAGGCACAGUUUUGUAUCCGUGAGCCAAAAGCCAAAAAAGAACCGCCACCAUGGACGCGAUCAAGAAGAAAAUGCAAGCUAUGAAGCUUGAAAAGGACAAUGCACAGGACAAAGCUGAUGCGAUGGAAGGGCAGGCCAAGGAUGCCAAUGCCCGUGCCGAAAAGGUGAAUGAGGAGGUUCGUGAACUCCAGAAGAAACUUCUGCAGGUUGAAAGCGACUUUGAGAGCAGCAAGAGGCAAUUGGAGCAAGCCAACAAGGACUUGGAAGAAAAAGAAAAAGCUCUUACCAAUGCCGAAGCUGAAGUAGCCGCCCUCAACCGUAAAGUCCAAACCAUUGAAGAAGAUUUGGAAAGAUCUGAAGAACGUCUUGCCACUGCCCAAACGAAACUUGCUGAAGCUUCCCAAGCUGCCGACGAAAGCUCACGUAUGUGCAAAGUAUUGGAGAACCGCGCCCUCCAAGACGAAGAACGUAUGGAUCAAUUGACCCAACAAUUGAAGGAAGCCCGCAUGUUAGCUGAAGACGCCGACAACAAAUCCGACGAAGUAUCGCGUAAGCUGGCCUUCGUUGAAGACGAACUUGAAGUAGCUGAAGAUCGUGUCAAAGGAGGAGAUGCCAAAAUCAUGGAACUUGAAGAAGAAUUAAAGGUUGUCGGUAACUCCCUUAAAUCUUUGGAAGUAUCCGAAGAGAAAGCCAACCAAAGAGUAGAAGAAUACAAAAACCACCUCAAAUCGCUGACAGUUAAGCUAAAGGAAGCCGAAGCUCGUGCUGAAUACGCUGAAAAGACAGUGAAGAAACUCCAAAAGGAAGUCGACCGACUAGAAGAUUUUCUCGCUCGCGAAAGAAAUAAGUACCAGGGGGUUGUAAAUGAGAUUGAAAAGACGUUUGUUGAAAUGUCCUCGCUUACCGCAAACAAAUAACCGACGCCAACUGCUUUUAAUUUUCAUUUGUAUAUCUUGCAACGUAGAGAAUAUUUAUUUUACCUUUCUGUACGCUUAUCAUCCAUAACAAAUAUGAUGUAAUUAUUAUUUACUAAUGCUUUGGCUUUAUGAUCGGCCCUUGUAUUUAUUAUAUUACUAAACGAAAUUGGAACAUCGAAAAAUAUCAUGUAUUUAUAAUUA